UUGUGUCCGUACCUGCUCUCAAGUGAUAUCCGGUAUACAUAGUGCUCGUUUUGACUUGAAUCAAGCUAUUCAGCUUCUAGAAACACCGACCGCAGAACCAAUCGAGCCAAGAAGUCUCAGAUCAAGAUGGUGAAACUACACAUCAAGAAAGGUGAUGACAGUCAGUUCCUGUACGACACAACCGUGAACAUUCUCAUCGAUGACCUACUGAGAGAUCUUACUGCAAUCUACAAUGGCAGGCUAAAAGUGAUGAGAAUAUGUGCAGAGAUGGAGGAGUUGGCCAAGUUUGGCAUCACGUUGCCUCCAAACAUGCAGGGGCUAACAGAGGAACAGGUCAUUGACCUGAAGCUGGUGGACGAGUGGGCAGAGAAAUGUACACCAAGUGGGGGAUACAAGAUGAAGAAAGAUGAGAUUGGACGAAGGAAUGGCAGAGCCCCCACUGACCAAAUGGCAGAAGUUAUCAAGAAAACGGUAAAGGAGGCCAAGGAUCUGAUCUCGAAGGAGAAGGUGAAGGCCAAUGUGGAGGUGAACCAGGGGUCAGUGAAGGAGGCGCUGGACAUGCUGCGUGGGGCAGUGAUGAUCGUGUACCCCAUGGGACUGCCACCCCACGACCCCAUCCGGGACGAGUUUGAAAACACAGAGGAUCUCACAGGAACUCAGGCCUCCCUGGAAGUGAUAGAUGAGGCAAGUGCUUCCCUCUGGUGGGCAGGGAAGGAGUUUACAAGGGGGAAGAAACUCAUGGACUUCGUUGGCAAGAAUGAGAAGACAAAAAUAGUUGCCAAAUUGCAGAAGCGUGGCCAGGGGGCGCCAGGACGGGAGCCGGUGGUUGGGGAGGAGGAACAGAAGCAGAUGAUGGCAUUUUACUACCGGAAACAGGAAGAGUGGAAGAAAAUGGAUGCAGAUGCAGAGGAUGCAUACAUGGAUUCAGCCUGGGCUGACAACAAGCAGCUGAAGAGACAGUUCCAGGGAAUGAAUAACAUCAAGUGGGGUCCCCGGUGAAAUGACCUUGGGGUCAUGAGGUGGGGUCCGACAUGGGCCCACUAUGUGGUGGACUCAGGGUCAAGGGAGGGAUGUCAUGGACAGAACAAAGACUCUAAACAGGAUACCAAAGUUUCGAUUGCGGUGGAUGAAUAUGGCAUGGAUGGCAUGUACUGACAACAGACCUUACUUCUCAGUGGUGAAGAUAUAAUGUGUCUAUGUGAUAUUCUGACGACAGGUAAAUGUGCACUAAGUGUCAUGCUGCAAGUGUGAUGAAAUAUUGGAGUAUCUGGAGAUGUAUGAAUUGAGAUGUUUAGAUAUUAUAUUGUCAAGUUGUUGCUGGAUUGCUUCCAUGAACUCCUUACAACAAUGACUGGUGCAAGUGUUGGUGUGUUUGUUUGGUGUUUCAUGGUCGUUGAGACUGGAAGAGUCAGUGAGUUGUCUCCCCUUGGGUCAGGGACCUGUUCAGCAUUAUAUCUACAUGCACAUCAUCAGAAUAUUAAUAUGUUAAUGUAUGAAUGUGAAUGACCAUUGAGUCCUUAUGGUGGGGGUUGAGGUCAGGACAGGUUGGUACAGCACUGUGUCAGCCUAGUAGUCUUGUAAGCUCAGCUACUACUUGGCCACAUAGUAAUACAAAGUCCUACUGAAAAUGAUCCAGGCUGUGCUAGUAGACGCAUGAUACAUUACCUGUGACAUUAUUCAUUUCACAAUCCAGCAUGAUAUCAUAAUCACCAUUAAUAUGGAAGAUUAUAUAUAAUAUGUCAUGAGCUAUAGUCAUAGCAAUAUUAACCCUACCUUUCAUAAACCAUGUUGACAGAUGUAUCAUCCCUACAAUCAUGGUAAUGUCUUCAUUGUAGUUCAUCAUCGUCGGUUUAUGUUGAGCAUUGUUUAAGAGUUUGGGUGAGUUUCAGACAUUCCACUCACACCGUUACUUCAGCACACACGUCAGUGUGUCUUGUUAGUGUGUCCGUGUGUGUACAAGUAGCAUUGUAUUUGUUCACCGUUAUUAGUUCAUGUGUUCUUUAUCUUGCAUGCUUCAGCUGUCAUGUCUGUAUAUACAACGUCUGUAAUUAUGAACUUUUAUACAAAAUCGUCCGUCCAGAAUUUUAUAAUAGGAUCCAUGAAAAAAGUAUGUAUUAAAGUGAAAUAUAAUGCA